AAUCACCUCUGGGUUUUUUAUUUUUUCUUAAACAAACCAAAAACCACUGAAAAUUUUGGAAAAAAAAACGUUUUUCUUAGUUUUUGUUAUAUAAUUUUGUAAAUAAGUGAUUUUUCUCCUUCACUGAUGUUCGCUAAUGAGGCUGCACUGAUGGACACUGAUAGGCAGCACUGACUGGCACUGAUAGGCGGCACUGACUGGCACUGUUAGGCGGCACUGAUAGGCAGCACUGACAGGCACUGAUAGGC